AUGGCCCAAAACUUCACUCUGGCUGAUUUCCACCAAUUCGAUAAUUCUACAAAAGAAGCUCUUGUGAUUUUUGGAAAUGAUAUUUUACUUGUGUCACAAUACUUCGAUAAGCUGAACUUCCUUCUAGCAAGUAUUGGUGUCUUCAUAAAUGCUUUUCAUAUUGUUAUACUGUCUAGAAAAUCGAUAAUCUCAAAUGUGAUCAAUGUGAUUCUACUGGGCAUUGCGAUCAGUGACACUAUGAAUUUGAGUGUCUUAGCACAAAAACUUUUCACUUUGAUUUCAAAAACUUUCCAAGAUGAAUGCACCCUUCCAAAUAGUUCUUUAGUCACACAGCUACUAUUUUAUCUCGCAGUCAUAAAGGAUGACUUCCGAAGACUAUCCACAUGGCUUGGCGUGCUUAUGGCAGCUCUUCGUUAUCUGAUAAUCAAAAACUCGUUAAAUCCAAACUUUAACUUUCUUUCCAAACCUUCUUCCGGUUGGAACACUUUGGCAAUUGCAUUCAUUAUCAGUACCUUAAUGUCUAUGUUCUACUUAAUACGAGUGGAUCUUAGUUCUGAAGUCUGGGUACCUCCGGAAACCUGCGGGUACCAGACUAACUUCAGAAUACUCAAAUACAGCUAUACAAGUAACAACUUGUUCAUCAGUGGGGCAGAGAUCUAUAAAACUUAUAUAGUUUUCGAUGGGAUCUUGAAGAUCAUUCCUGCCAUUGUGCUCCCCGUAUUAGCUGUUUUAUUGAUAAGAGAGCUGAAAAUAGCAGAAGUUUCCAGGAAGAAAAAUUCUGUAGUUUCUCGUACUGCUAAUCAUGCUGAUAGCACUUCUAAAAUGGUUAUCAUCAUGACUAUCACUUGUAUAUUUGCGGAAGGACCAAUGGGGAUAUCAUUUGUUCUUGAAGGCCUAGUAGCGGAUGUUCCAAAAUUGAGAAAAAUAGUAAACUGUUUAGAGUCCAUACUUUUCAUUUUCGUCAUUUUGAACGCAACGACUCACUUUUUCGUGUGCCUCGGAGUUUCUACACCGUAUGGAAAAGCAGUUAAAGAGUUGUUGGGGUACAAAGAAUCCCAGAAACCUAUAACAAUAAGCCCGAAAAUCAGUUCAGCAAGCAUUGUUACAACACGAAAAGUAGAUGCUAGGAUAGAUGGUUAA